CUGUUCUUUGUGUGCAUGGACUUUACUUCAUUUCCUCCACAGGAAGUGGUUGGCCAGUUGGCUGAGGUGCUUAACAUGGCAGAGGCGGUCCAGUCAGACCUGAUCUCAGAGGAGCUGCCUGAGUGGAAGAAGAGGCAGCAGAGCUCCUGUAUCGGAGGACCACCCAACGCAUGUCUGGACCAACUGCAGAGCUGGUUCACAGCGGUGGCGGAAAGCCUGCAGCAGGUGAGGCAGCAGCUGAAGGAGCUCCAGGAACUAGAGCAGAAGUACACAUACGACAAUGACCCAAUCACACAGCAGAAAGGCUUACUGGAGGGGCGGGCCCUGGCACUGUUCCGGAACCUCCUAGAACAUUCAUUGGUGGUGGAGAGACAGCCCUGUAUGCCCACACAUCCACAGAGACCCCUGGUGCUGAAGACACAGGUGCAAUUCACUGUCAAGCUCAGAUUUAUUGUGAAGCUCCAGGAAUUCAACUAUCAACUCAAAGUGAAAGCUUUGUUUGACAAGGACGUUACAGAAAAGAAAGGGUUUCGUAAGUUCAACAUAUUGGGGACCAACACAAAGGUUAUGAAUAUGGAGGAGUCAAAUGGAAGCUUAGCUGCAGAGUUUCGCCAUUUGCAACUGAAAGAGCAGAAAGUAGCCGGCAACAGAACAAAUGAGGGGCCUCUCAUUGUGACAGAAGAGCUGCACUGCAUCUGCUUUGAGUCUGAACUCAACCAGUCAGGUCUGGAGCUCAAGCUAGAGGCCAUCUCCCUGCCAAUCGUGGUCAUCUCCAACGUCAGCCAGCUGCCCAGUGGCUGGGCCUCCAUCCUGUGGUACAACAUGCUGACCAGCGAGCCGAAGAACCUGAAGUUCUUCCUGAGCCCUCCUGCAGCAUCCUGGGGUCAGCUGUCUGAGGUGCUGAGCUGGCAGUUCUCCUCUGUCACCAAGAGGGGACUCAAUGAUGAGCAGCUAGGUAUGCUGGCUGACAAACUACUGGGCCAGAAAGCACAGAGGAAUCCUGAGGGCCUUAUCCCCUGGACCAAGUUCUGUAAGAGUAUCAGUGAGAAGAACUUUCCCUUCUGGCUGUGGAUCGAAGCUAUCCUGGACCUCAUCAAGAGACAUCUGCUGUCCCUGUGGAACGAUGGUUGCAUUCUGGGCUUUGUGAGUAAGGAGAGGGAGAAGUCCAUGCUGACUGGGAAGUGUCCAGGCACGUUCUUGCUGCGCUUCAGUGAGAGUAGCAGAGACGGAGCCAUCACAUUCACUUGGGUGGAACACGACCUAUACGAUAAGCCUGUAUUCCAUGCAGUGGAGCCCUACACCAAGAAGGAGCUGUCUGCCGUCUCUCUGCCUGACAUCAUCCGCACCUACAAGGUGAUGGCAGCUGAGAACAUCCCAGAGAACCCACUCCGCUUCCUCUACCCAGACAUCCCCAAAGACAAGGCCUUCGGAAAGUACUACGCCAGGGCCACAGAGGCAUCGGAGCCCAUGGAUGUGGAGAGUCCCACCACAACAGGAUACAUGAAGACAGAACUCAUAUCAGUGUCAGAAGUUCACCCAUCUAGACUGCAAGACAACAUGAUGCCCAUGUCGCCAGACGUGUUCGGAGAGCUGAAGAGGAGUGUUGCACCAGUGCUCCAGUGUUGGAAUAGUCCUAAGGAUAUUGAUGCUGUGGCAUCUGAUCUCGGAGAGUUUUUACCUGAGGACUUUCAGAUGUUUGAGAACAUGCCUAACUUGGACUGCAACUGAGCCAACGGACAUGUGGGACCUGAUCAUUUAGUCCAGAACAUGUUUUAUAUUGAAGCCUAUUUCAUUUGUAUCCUUUACUUUCCUUGAACUUCAGUAGUCAUGUCACAGAACAAAUCAACUUUUUUUGUACGGAGUCAGUUUGAAAGAUAUACAAUUACAGUAGAAAUAUACAUUAUAUAUUACACUCACUGGAAACAAUUAGAUAUUUUGGUGAUAAUGUGUAUAAAAAUAAAACACUUAGCUAACUACUGUAACAUUCAUAUAAUGAAUGAAUAGGCGCUCCUAUGUCUUUCCAUGUCCAUAUUCAACCAUAUACAGUCCUGUGUGGCUCACUUGCGACGCCACGGUUGUGGGUUCGAUUCACAGUAAGGGAAAAAAAGGUCUGAAAAUGUAUGCACUCACUACUUGUAAGUCACUCUGGAUAAGACCAUCUGCUAAAUGACCCCAAAAAAAGAAUAAAAUGAGAUAUCAUCCAUCUUUAAA